GUCGUAGUAGGACAAGGACGUAGACGUAGACCUAGCCUAACUAAAAACUAAAACCUAAAACAAAACCAAACCAAACCUGAACCUGAAGUCUGAACUGAAGUUUGAAGUUCUGUUUCAGUAUUGUGCAAUAUUUUUUGAUGAUAAAUACAUCUUCAGAGAGUGGUGAUUUAAUUGGAUGAUGAAUGAGUAAAAAUCUUUUAAAUAUGAAUCAAAUCUCAGUUGACACUGUAUCAACUCUUUUAGACAAUAUACACCUUGGUGAUAAAACCCAGCCAAAUAUCUUAAAAAACGAUGAUACAUUUGAAAUAAAAAAUAAAGUGACAAUUCCGCCUUGGCUUGAAGAAUGUGAAACACCAUUUGUGUGGCAUUUAAAACAAGAACGAGGUUUGGGUUCUGAAUUGGUUAUAAUGAGAACUUUGGAAAAACUUGACGAUCUGUUGAUUGAAGAACCAGAAUUUUCUAUACAAAGGUUUGUAUCACUCCUGAAAUUGGUACUUGAAUACUACAUAACUGGUGAUAUUGAUAACUGUUGUAAAAACAUGGAAAUAAUUGAUGGGUGUCUUGAGGAAGAGAUUUCAAGAAAUGAACCUUGUUACCAAAAAGUAAAACUUUCACUCGGCCAUGUAGUAUCAGCUACAAAGGCGCAUGUUCUUUACAUUCUUGGUAAAGAAGAAGAGUCUAAAAAGAUUGGCAAUUGUAUAAUACCAGUAAAAAUAAUGACAGAUAUUGAUAAAGCGACUUUGAGCGCAAUGAAAGCCAGAUUUUUCCUUUAUUCUGGUUAUGAGAAUGGAGAAGCAGUUGGAGUCGAAUACGCUCGUGAAGCAUUGGAAUUGCAGCCUGAUGAUGCGAGAUAUAAGUACUUACUGGCAAAGAUGUUACGUCAGCAGCGAAGAGAUGCCUUAUUUUCUAUUGAGGUUCCAAAAGAUGAGGUGAAACUGUUAGAGAGUGCAGUGUCUGAAGAGAAGAACCCAAAAUAUAUUGUCUAUCUUGCCCAAGUAUAUAGAGAGUGUGCCACUCAAGCUGCUAAGAAAUAUAGGACCUUCCAAAACUUUGACAGCCUCAAGCCAGAAAUUGACAAACUGUCACAACAAGCAUUGAAAUAUUACAAAGAAGCACUGGCUAUGAGCCCAGAGAGUCCAGCAGCUCUGCGAAGAAUAGGAUAUGGUAUUAUGAAUUUGAACAAGAAGUAUGCUGACUACGAUCUGGCUCUUGAUUGCCUCGUCAAGUCUCUGGAAAUUUCAGAAAACCAAGUGACUCUACAUAUGCUUGGAACAUUUUACUUGCGCUAUAAAAAUGAUAAGAAAAAAGCUCUAGAGUAUUUUGAAAAGACUGCCAUAACAGGGAGCCAUGCAGGACUAUCUGAUAUGGUUAGAGUUAAAUGGAUGCUGGACCCUGACAAUUAUGAUCCCUGCCCAGACUUACAGCUUGGUUUGUCUUGGAAGUUGAAGAAAAAAGAUCACAAUCAGCUGUUGGCUCAACUUGGCGGUUACCAUUUGUUGAUAAAGCGAGACUUUAACAAAGCGUCGGAGUAUUUUAAACAAAUCCUUCUUGAAGAUAAUAAAUCCCCACAAAUGGCAAGUUUCAAAAGUUUUUUCCUAAAAAUGUCUGAACCUAUCAAUCUCAAUGAAUAUCUUGCCAACGAAGCAUUGUUGCUGGCAAAGAAGACUGACAGUGCAGAGGCUCAAACAGGGAUCCAGGGAUAUGGGGAGGACAUUCUCGAACUCAUCCUUCAGGUUGAUCCAAAGUUAAUAGAAAAGACUCCUGAUGAAAACCUCAUACCGAAAUUGUUAAAGGCUGCAAAAGACAUGGAAGCCAGUUGGAACCAUAAUAGCCGAGGUAAAAGCCACUUUAGGGGUAACUACUCAGGAAAUAGAGGCAGAAGCAACUAUCACAGAGGUGGUUAUAGAGGCGGCCAAUCCAAUGCCAAUUCAAGAGCCAGCUAUGAAGACAAUGAAAGAAGAGCCAAUCAGAGAGAUCAAGGAGCAGAUGGUGAUGUGCGAAGGGGAGGGUUCAACAGAGGGCGGGGAGGGAGGCAGAGAGGGGGGUGGCGAGCAAGGCCUAGGAAUGAUGAAAGAGAACAUGAAAACUGGAGAGAAAAGUAAAUUGUUUCGUUAUUUAUGUUCCUGCCUUGAAGAUUAUUAUAUAAUAUCAUUAUUAUUAUGUAUCAUAUGUACUAAAACCAGUUAUUGCUAAAAAAGACUGACUUAGAUGUUUUAAUAAGGUGCUAUUUGAUAUGUUGGUAGUGAAUUUUAGUAGUAAGAGUUAUUAUUUUCCUUUCGUCAGUUAUACCUAGAACUAGAACAAUUUUAUUUCAAAGAUCAUUUUGGUUAUUGCAUUAUUUUAUCCAAAUUGCCUUUUGAUAAAAUGAUUUUUUAAAUCCAAGGAAGGAUAGAUCUAUUAAUUAUUGUUUUUGCAUAUUUUAUUCUGGUUUUGCUAUAAAUUAAUACUGCGCUGUUUGGAAGUGAAGGAUCCUAAACAACUGUAAGGUACUAACAAUUUUAUUGGGAAGUGACUGAUAAUUCUUAUUAUAUAAAAUGUGUGUUUUGGUUUGUUACUUUUGUUUUCUAGUAAAUGUGUUAUUUGGUUUCACUGAAUUGUUAACUGUUUUCCAAUAAGUUUUUUGUAUUAGAUUUUUAGAAUUAUUAAUGUUCUUAAUACUUGUGUACUAUUCUAGGAUAAUCACUUAUUGUGUAUAGGGCAAACAUCAAAAAGAUUAAUUAUGUUGGUAUCUUGAACUUUUAUAUCAGAUUAAACUGUCUUAUUUGUAUCACUGCAUUUCUAUAUUUUACAGAGAGGAUGUAUUUAUUUAUUAAAAUAUGGACUGUCAAA